UAAAAUUUUGCUCAAUAAACCAUUGUAUUUACUUUUAUACAUUUCAAUACUUUUAUAAACCUUGCGAUUUAUCUAAAAAAAAUGUUUUUGAUUUUCAUGUCGACAACUAGAUUCUAUCAUUACCUCCCUUCUGGUGAUUUUGUUUGUGAUCAAUUAGAUACAGAAGAACCUGAAAAUCAGCCAAAAGAAGCAGAAGUGACUAUUAAUACGUUGUAUCGUUUGGAGAAUCUUUCGGAUAUUUCAAUCUCGUCAGAGAAAGAAGAAGAAUCUUUAGAUACAGUAAUGGCUAUAGAAGAAUUUGAAUUAGAUUUGGCUCGUCUACCUGCCAUGGUUUGGACACCAACAAAGUAUAAGCCAUCGCAGAUGGCUGAAUUCAUUUCUCUAAUCCAGAACCAUAACUUUAAAAUAUCUAAAGCUGCCGUAAAAGCUCAAAUUGAACCCAAAUCUGCCUAUAAGUACCAUAAAGAAUGGAGAGCAAAUGGAGGAACAGUAUUGCCUGGUUACAAACUAGCAUCUGAAGUUAAACUAAAAGGCAAUAACAUUAAGCUUACUGAAAACCACUCACAAUUCAUUGAUAAUUACGUCGAAAUCAUCCAGCCUGUAUUGUCAAAGAUGUUACCGACUGUCUUUGUGCUGCUUUUGAUGAUUUGACGAUUAAUGAAUCAAGUGUCUAUCGUCACAUAACUGAUAAACUUCAGUUUACACUCACUCGUACCCAAUCAAGGAUAGCAGAACGGAAUUCCGAAGAUACAAUUGAAAAACGUCGACAAUUU